AUGUUGCCCAACUCCAACAACACUGUCACUGUGCUCUCCAUGAACACCCCUCAUCCAGAUAACUUGCCGCGCACGCAACUCCAUAAUGAUCUCAUUGCGGAGGUCCUAUCAUGGCUUCCGGUGAAAUCCCUCACGCGACUCAAGUGUGUCUGCAAAUCCUGGAACUCACUCAUCAUCUCCGAUCAAACCUUCAUCAAAUUGCACCUUCACAGAUCGGCACUGCACGGCAAACCCCAUCUCUUGUUGCAGCGGGAAAACUCUCACCACGACCACCGCGAAUUCUGUGUCACACACUUAUCUGGAUCUAGUUUAAGUUUAGUUGAGAAUCCAUGGAUCUCACUUGCCCAUAACCCUCGCUACCGAUUGAAGAAAGGUGACCGCUACCAUGUCGUCGGUUGCUGCAAUGGGUUGAUCUGCUUGCAUGGUUAUUCUGUAGACUCUAUCUUUCAACAGGGAUGGCUCAGUUUCUGGAACCCUGCCACUAGGUUAAUGUCUGAAAAAUUAGGAUGUUUUUGUGUUAAGACCAAGAACUUCGACGUCAAGCUGAGCUUCGGUUAUGAUAAUUCAACCGAUACUUAUAAGGUGGUGUUCUUUGAAAUUGAAAAAAUCCGAAGAGCUUCACUAGUUAGCGUCUUCACCUUGGAUGGUUGUAAUGGUUGGAAUGGUUGGAGAGACAUUCAAAAUUUCCCACUGCUUCCAUUUAGCUAUGAUGAUUGGGGUGUAAAUGAUGGGGUGCAUUUGAGUGGCACUAUUAACUGGAUGACAUCUCGUGAUAAAUCCGCGCCUUAUUAUAAUCCAGUGACUAUUACUGUUGAACAACUUGGGAUCCUUUCACUUGAUCUUAGGACGGAGACGUACACCCUCUUGUCGCCGCCUAAGGGUUUAGAUGAAGUACCGAGUGUUGUGCCGAGUGUUGGGGUUUUGAUGAACUGCCUGUGUUUUUCUCAUGACUUGGAGGGAACCCAUUUUGUUAUAUGGCAAAUGAAGAAGUUUGGGGAUGCAAAGUCUUGGACUCAGUUACUAAAAGUUAGAUAUCAGGAUCUUCAAAGGGAGCCUCUUCAUAGUAUGUUUUAUUGUCACUAUCAAUUAUUUCCACUGUGCCUUCACGAUGGUGAUACACUCAUAUUGGCCAGUUAUAGUGAUAGGUAUGAUGGUAAUGAAGCAAUACUGUAUGAUAAGAGAGCUAAUACAGCAGAGCGAACUGCACUUGAAACUGAAAGUAAAUAUAUACUUGGGUUCUCUUCCUUUUAUUAUGUUGAAAGCUUGGUUUCACCAUUGAGGGUCAGAUCUUCUACAAAGGUUGCUAAGCUGAAUUUAUGUUAA